AUGCAGAGCAUAUUGAUAUUUACACUACUUGUUGGCUUUAUAUCAGCCCAAGCACCUAUUCCAACUCGUCCAGAUGGUUAUGGAGUUGGCGGACCAGCGGAUGCUCAUGUUGUCGUGGAAAUGUUUCUCGAUACACUCUGUCCCAGUUGCAAAGCUUCAUGGCCAACUGUUUUACAAGUGAUUCAAGCUUACGGCACAAAAAUUCAUUUUCGUUUUCAUACAUUUCCACUUCCGUAUCAUACAAAUGCGUUUGUUACUGCUCAAGGUGUACACGUUAUUUCCAAUGUUACAAAUCGAAAUUUAGAUUCUAUCUUUAAAUAUGUAACCAAAGUAUUCGAAAAUCAAGAAGCCUGGUAUAAUGAUGCAACAAAAAAUAUGACAAUGACGCAAGUUGUUGAUUCACUUGCCACAUUCGUUGCACAACUUGAUCUGGUAACAAAAGCUCAAUUUUUGGCAGGCAUGGCUAAUGAUGAUAUCAAUUUUGAAACGCGUGUUUCAUGGAAAUAUGCUUGUUCAAGAGGUGUGGUUGGUACACCAACAUUUCUUAUUAACGGUGUAGCUACAAGUGCUGAUGACUCAUGGUCACUUGCCGAUUGGAAAUCAGUCAUCGAUCCUAUCUUAGCAUCGAAUGAUGUCUUACCACCGAAAGUGGAUGCUUGUCCGCCUGGUCAAACAGAAUGUACCUAUCUUCCCGGUAAAACAGAAUGUUGUUUAGCUGGUGAACGUUGUAUUCAAAAUGUUGGCUGUCGAUGUUUUAAUUUGAAACUUGGCAAUCAAUGUCUUUGA